CACGGCCGUUUCCGUGCGCCUGCAGGGCGGUGACCUUCUCCACAUAUCCCGUCCGCUAGGCGAGGGCCUUCUCGUGAUCUCGUCCCCCGUAUAUGACCACACGCCUCUCCUGCGGUCGCCUCAGCUUCUGCGAACCCGGUCCCCAUCGCCCGGACCACGCUCGCUGACCAGCGAGCCCGGCAUGGAGCUGGAUUACGAUGCGUACUAUCACGCCCAGAUGGAGCGCUAUGCUUAUUUCGCUGUUAUAUGCUUUCUAGGAUACGAAUAUUUUCUACAACUCAGCAAUGAGAUCGAUCUCUUUUGGCGCAAGCGAUGGUCUUUCGGGAAAGCUUUAUUUCUUUGGAGUCGAUAUUACAGCCUGGGCUUCAAUAUAGCCAACGCCCGCGCGUUCAUGAACACACAUCCGUCGCUUGACGUACGUCUGCACAGGAUUCUUCCACUGGCAGAACACCGGUGCCGCGCUGCAGAUCAUCACAACACACAUCAUCCUGGAGCUGCGCAUCUACGCCAUGUACAACAGCCAGCGAUGGAUCUUCUGCCUCUGCGUCUUCCUCACCGCUGCCGAGGCAACCGUGUACGGCGUCAUCUUUGGGCUGCAGCGUCCCGGCCUGGUGUCGACGAACGAGCCGUCGCUGGGGCUGUUCAUCUGCGCGGACGGCGACCCGCCGCACGCGCACUGGAUCACCUGGUUCUGGCUCACGAUCAUCUGCAUCGAGAGCAUCCUGCUCGGCCUGAGCGUGUACAAGGGCUGGAUGUCCUACCGCGCGGGCCUCCACGGCGGGCUCAUGAUGGCGCUCACGCGGGACUCGGUGCUCUACUUCGUCGUCAUUUUCCUGGUCUAUGUCGGCAACAUGUCACUGUGGUUCCUCAACAUCGUCACGCUGGACGAGUUCGGCACGGGCUUCUCGUUCACGAUCUCCGCCGUGCUCGCGAACCGGCUCCUGAUCUCGGUGCGCGAGAAGUUCUACGAUGCGCAGGGCGAGCACAAGACGUGGGAGACGUACUCGUCGAUGCAGUUCCACGGCACGCGCCAGCAGGCGACCGACAUCGACGGCUCAACGACGUUCGCGGCCGCGACGCGCAGCCGCUGGGAGCUCGGCACCGAGCAGCGCACGGACGUCCCGGAGAUCGAGAUGGACAACUUCUCGGAGGCAAGGGGGUUCUAGCGGCCCCUCCGUAUGAAUGUGUAACUGCUGCUGGUUGUUGGGUCCUGUGUGUACAGUUAAUUAUUGCGCUCUCAUGCCCUCUCGCACUCGUUUGAUGUAUUUCCUCUGCGUAUUCUCAAUGACACCCUG